AUGGGUGAGAGUCACGACAUAUCAACUCUAAGACUCAUACAAGUUGUUCACCGCCACGGCGAUAGGACGCCUGUACUUUUUGUGCCAAAUGACCCCUACAUUAACGCCAGUAUCUAUUGGCCGGAAGGUGUGGGCGAACUAACACUGGAAGGCAAGUAUCGUAUGUAUAGAUUGGGACAAUUCCUACGACAAGAAUAUGACUCGUUUUUGGGUCACAACUUCUCUCCCCGUGAGGUCUACGCCAGGAGUUCGUUGUGCUCGCGAUGUCUCGAGAGUCUGUCCCUCCUAUUGUCGGGCGCCUACCCGCCCAACAACACCGUCUGGCAGUGGAGUAAUGGCAGUGAUGUUGAGUUAGCACAUCAGUGGCAGCCCUUUCCCAUUGAGACUUUUAUGCCUGAAAAAUAUGACGCUAUUCUCGAUGUCGAGAAACACUGUCCAAAAGCCGACGAAGAAAUGAAUAAAAUUUUUAAUUCAGAAAAAGUGGUCAAACUAUUGGAAGAAAAUGCAGAGUUUUUGGCGAAUUUGAGUGAAAGCGUUGGAAUGGAAAUCAAUUCAUUGAAACUUACGAAUAGAGUCUAUGAAGACCUAACUCUGGAGCACAACAGAGGCUAUAAAUGACAUCACAUCUUGAAUGACGACAUAUUGUGUCUUAUAUUCAAUGAGUUAUCAGUGAAACAGUUGUUGAGAUUAGAGAUGGUUUGCCACCAAUUCAUGGAUUGCGUGGGAAAUGCUCUCAAGAACUUCAAGAAUGGGCUCAUUAUUGGAAAGAAUUAUUUUGGUGAUGACUGUGAUCACCAUUGGUUCAGGUAUUCAGAUAAGAGUGUAUCACAUAAUAAGCGAAAUGAAGGCAAAUUAGAUAUGAGUCGAGCUUUUCAUGUCCACCGAUACGUACCAAAUGAAGAGCUCAAGAGAUAUCCGUUUAGUCGCAUAAAACCCGGAUUAACACGAGUCAGAAGAAGACAUGUCAUUGAUUACUACGACUUGAUUGAAUACAGACACCAUUUGCAGACAAUUAUCAGUAAGUAUCCCAACAUUGAGUCCAUGUUUUUGUCGGACUGUCGUAUGGAUAGCGAGACAAUGGAACUGAUUAUCACCGGAUGUCUACAUCUCAAGCGAUUAACACUGAAUGUGCGAUAUCCUGCGCAAGAAUUGGUGGCAUUUUGUCGCAUAUGUAUUGAGCAAAGAGUGGCGACCAAUGAGUUCACACUUUACUUCAAUGAAGACGUCUUUCCGCAAGUUAUCGAUGGUUUGCAAGCAAUGAAUGUCUCGAUUCCCGACUACUUUGAUAUUAUUUCGAGAUGAAUGUAUCGUUCA